AUGUAUGGAAAUAACAUUAGACAAGAUAUGUGCUUCCCUAUGGAUUACAAGAUCCCUGAAUUGCGCGGAGAACCAAAAGGUUUACAAGAAAUUUUAAAGGAAAGAAAAUUGUGGCGUGAUGGAAUGAAGUUGAAGUGUAAAGGUGGAUGUGAAGAAGGAAGCAUUAAUUGUUGUGCAAGAACAGCAAUGGCAAACCAACCGGAUUUUAAAGCACAGCGCGGAAAACUUGAAGAAGCAAUUAUUUUGGCAAACCAUGAA